GGGCGGGACUGAGAAAUCCAGGGCCCCAGCCUGGGCAGUGGGGUCAUUGUGGGGUCACGGUUGGGGGGAGGCUUUGAACGGUCGGUAAUGGGUAGCCGAAUCGAGUGCGUGUUUUUCAGCGAGUUUCACCCGACCCUCGGGCCGAAAAUCACCUUCCAGGUGCCUGAGGAGUACAUUUCAAGGGAGCUAUUUGAUACAGUCCAGGUAUACAUCAUAACAAAGCCAGAGUUACAGAAUAAACUCAUUACUGUUACUUCUAUGGAUAAGAAGCUAAUUGGCUGCCCCGUGUGCAUAGAACACAAGAAGUAUGUCCGCAAUGCAUUACUGUUCAACCUGGGCUUUGUUUGUGAUGCAAAAGCGAAGACUUGCUCUUUGGAGCCAAUCGUUAAAAAGCUGGCAGGCUACCUCACUACACUGGAGCUGGAGAGCGGUUUCAUCUCAAAUGAGGACAGCAAACAGAAAUUAGUCCCGCUAAUGACCAUUAUUCUGGAAGAGCUGAAUGCCCGUGGAGAGUGCUCGUUACCAAUAGAUGAAUCCAACACCAUUCACCUGAAGGUGAUCACCCAACGGAGAGACCAGCCUGUGGUGCAAGAGUAUGAUGUUCCAGUAUUCACUGAAUGUAAAGAAGAUUUUAUUAAAAUCCACUGGGAUCUGACUACACAGCAGAUUUUGCCAUACAUUGAUGGAUUCCGUCAUAUCCAGAAGAUCUCUGCUGAGGCAGACGUGGAGUUGAACUUGGUGCGGAUUGCAGUGCAGAAUUUACUGUACUAUGGAGUUGUGACCUUAGUCCCUAUAUUCCAGUAUUCCAAUGUGUACUGCCCAACUCCUCGGGUGCAGGAUCUGGUGGAUGACAAGUCCUUGCAGGAGGAGUGCCUGGCAUAUGUCACCAAGCCAGGACACAAGCGUGCCAGUCUGCGAGAUGUGUUCCAGCUUUACUGUGGGCUCAGUCCUGGCACUACAGCACGAGAUCUCUGCUCCCGCUACGCUCAACAGCUACAACAUGUGGACGAGAGGAAAUUGAUUCAAUUUGGUCUGAUGAAACAUUUAAUUCGGCGACUACACAAGUAUCCGGUCAAGAUCAACCGAGACGAGAGGAGCCGGCCACCUCGUCUGUACACUGGUUCGCACAGCUAUGAUGAGAUCUGCUGCAAAACAGGAAUUAGCUACAAAGAAUUGGACGAGAGGCUGGAGAAUGACUCAAAUAUCAUUGUGUGCUGGAAGUGAGAGUACAACAAGUGUCAGGACAACUGCCGCAUGUCGCGCUGGCUUAAAGUUGACCAGGAGUUUCCAAGCUGAAGACCUGUUUUGCGAGGAGUGUGAGAAAGUUCCAACUUGGGUAGUGUAAGCUCUGCUGACUUUCAGUACUGAUAAAUUGUUCUGACUCUCCUGGAUUAAUUUAAAAAUAGGUGAAGAAUGUGUGACAGCAUGUCUCCUGAAAUAGAUUGUGAUCUGUAACUUAAGAGAUUUUGUAUUUAAAUUAUAUUGAUACGAUCCUUACCCAAAUCUUCCUCCUGUGUGUAUGUGCCUUAUCACGAGUAUCAAGGAGAGAGCAUGACCCCAGUUGAUUGAUUCAAAUCCUCCCUUCUCCUCCAUUUGUUUAAAAUGCAUUCUUUGGUGAAACAUUCCUUAGCUAGCCUGUUAUGUAUGGUAUAUAAUACCAAAUUCUACGUAACCUGUGCUAACCACGUUCAGACCCCAGUCUGUACUGCUUUAGCCAAUCUCAGCUGGGACGGUGGUGGUGGUGCUUUUGAGUGGUCUUGGAGCCCCAGGGCUUGUUGGAAUCCUGACUCCUGAAGUGUGUGGUCCAUCCAUGGACACUUCUGUUAAGAUGUGUGCGUGUGCUGAUGAUCUCAAAUCAUUGUGAUGACUUUGCAGUUGAACUUCUUGCCAACAUUGAAAAAUAAUCCUCUUGAAUGUGUUACUGCUGAGCUCUCAGUACAUUUGAACCAGUGCUCUGUACAGAUCAGUGCCUUCAUGAGAAUAGCAACGUAUAGAAUCUGUACAGAUUGUUACGACUAGUUUUGGAUAAAUAGAAUUAUUUAAUACAUUAAAAUCUUUUGUUCUGAAGGAUACAUAAAAUUAUGGUGUUUUAACAUCUCCAUUGCAAACUGAUUUCAAACUUAAUUAAUGAGAUCAAAUUACAUGUAACUUUUAGAAGUAAUUCUGUUAAACUCAAUUGUAAUUUAAGAAAUGGUAAUCAUAUAUCGCUUCGUGAAGUGACACGUUUACAGCACAAAAAUACUGCACAUUAAUCUGUGACAUUUCAAAAUGCAACUGGAUCUCUGCCUGUAAAAGCUUUAAAAGCUUUCCAAAAAGGCAUUACUUUAGCCAAACAUCACUUACUCCUCAGAUCAUGCCCCACCUCUCUUCAACUCCUCCCCCCACUCCCAAAAGGACCAGGUCCUUUUACAUUUGUGAUUUGCCUUUGGAAGAGUUUCGUCUUAAAAGUUGCAGUUUCAAUGCACGUUGUCACUGAUUAGCUGAAGAGGUAAUUGAGAAAUUGCGACUGAAGAACCCACACAGGCUAUUUCUUCAAAUUGUGGUCACAUCACCCUGGCGGUGCGUGAAGUGGAAUUCUGAAGAAGUAAAUUUUUGUUGGAAUAGUCUGGGCAAGCCUGUGAUAGAGAAAAGUGAAAUGUAACCACUUGGGGCACAUGUACAAGGAAGGAAGCAAACUGGGCAGACAUCUUAAAUCAUAUACAUGGCUUGUGGAGGCUUCCUUGUGGUAUGCUGCAGAUGUUUUAGUGGAAUUCACCAUUUUAGAAUUAUUCUUUGCAUCCUACCUGAUUGCGAGCUGUAUUUCAAACACCAUAUCCCUUUGGUUAUAAAUGCUGGCUGCUAUAACCUUGGUAACAUUAAGGCAAGAUUGUGGAAAACCGAUAAAGUCACUGGAUUAGAAAUACAUACAUAAGCCCAGGUUAAUGGUCUGGGAACACAGGUUCACAGUACAUCACAAUAGCUGAUGGAAUUUUCAAUUCAGUUAACAAAUCUUCAAUUGAAAGCUAGUGUCGGUGGAACUCAUUGAUUUUGUAAAAGCCCUUCUGCCAUCCCUGUCCAAUCUGGACUACAUGUGACUUAAGUCACAGAAAUGACUCUUAACUGUUCUUAGAAAUGGCCUAUUAAGCCACUCAGUUCAAAGGCAAUUGGGUAUGGACAAUAACGCCUACAUCCCAUCAAAGAAUAAAAAGGAAAAAAAAUUGCUUGGUCUAUCCCCACCUCUUCCAUAUUUCACUGAAGCCAUUGUCCAUAUGUUUAUCAAAUAUUUCAAUGCUUAGCUGGCCAGCCUCCUAUACACUUCAACCCGUCUGCUUCAUCAAACAGAGCUGUCCAUAUCCUGUCUAAUCUGGUCAUUACCUCUAUCUUUGCUAACUUAAAUAUUGACUGUCUGGCUCCCAGUGACUUUAGUAAUUCAUCAUUACAGGAGGAGUGUAAUUAGCUGAGUUGUUCUUUCAGAGAGCUAAUGCUCAUAUUGAUAUGAUGGGCCAAAUGGCUUGCUCCUGUACCAUGUAGCUAUUUUAUGAUUUUUUUCAUGCAUCAUUGGCAGGUAGUCUUUCAGACACGUGGGGCACACUCUGUGGAGUUCCCUCCUUAAACCCCUCUGCCUGUCUUCCUUUAACAACCUGACAAGCCCACCUCCUGAACUCCUGAUGUCUCCUUUUUCUGGGAGUUUUUCCCUUGUGCUUUUGUGAAGUGUCUCAAGAUACUUUUCUAUGUCAAAGAUGCCAUUGACAUAAAUGCACAUUGAUAAAUUCAUAGGUUUGCUUUUAUUUACAACUUUUAUUUACCCAAUUGCCUUUGAACUGAGUGGCUUGAUAGGCCAUUUCUAAGAACAGUUGAGUCAUUUCUGUGACUUAAGUCAGAUGUAGUUCAGAUUCAAGUUUGAAGAAAACAACCAUGGAUUUGUCCAUUUCUCAUCAAAAGUUAUGGGGCUGAUAUGGUGUUGGAGAAAGACAUGCUCACUGGACCCAGUACUGCCUUUUUUGACCCAGGUCGUCUUCAUCGUCAGGUCGUCUUCAUCGUCAGGACGCAAUAUGUCCAAGUGGCCAUCUGCAAACGUCAUAUCAAUGUUUUCUCAUGCAAAAACUGCACUCUAUUUCUGAGGUAUAUUUGCAAAAAUACUGGGCUCUGAGUGGUGUCUGUAUCCACCUUGAUCAUUCUUUGCUUGAGAGACUAUUUGGUGACUACUUAGCCAAGGGGUGUAUUACAGUAGUACCAGAACUUGAAGUCCCUGAACUUUCCUGCAAAGAGUUUCGAGUUAAUGAUUGGAGGCGAGGCCCCUCCCUGAUUCUUGUUAAUUAAGAUCUACUUCAUCCAGGCUACUGGAGGGUGCUGGAGAAUGAACUUUGAAGGUCCACAUGUCUGUUUUGUUUUUCUUCCUGUUCUGGACUGCAUUCAACACUGGCCAGUUGUUUCCUUGUGCCUAUGCUGUUCCUAGUGAGUGCUCAUCAGGUCCAUUCUAACAUGGUCUCAAGACCACAGAAUGCAGCAGAGGCUCUUAGGUAAUCUGGCUGUCAGAAACCAAGAGAAAUUAACUCAGAUCUUUGUAAAUGUGCAUUACACCAGCUCGCAAAUUCUUUCACCCCAAACCCCAAAAUGUAAAAUGAAAACUUACUGUAGAUUCCUAUACUUAAUUUUUUUCCAGAAGAUUUGGUAACUCUUUCCAUUCUCUUUUCUAAAAACCAAACUUGGUGUUUGAAAAUCAUUGCUUCCUGAUUAGCCUGGACUUUUCUCCUAUCUCUUUUCAGUCUUGGUGUUUGCUGCUCCUCUGUACCUUGUCCCUUUUUUCAAAUCCCUGAUAAUGGAAAGUAAUUUAUUUGAGAGGGUAAGAUGGCUUGUAUAUAUUUGAUGACAUUAAGUAUGAAAGAAAGCACCUUCUCCCCCCUCCCCCCAAUCCCAGUUCUUAAGUUAUUUACUCCUAAGCAUUUUAAGAGAAAUGUUGAAGUUAUCAAUGGCAAUGACUCCUGGCCUGUGCUGGUCCCACCGCAUCAAUGAUAUUCAUUCUGCUGGUUGUGGUUGCCCACCAGGCAGCUGUGCCCCUGGACAUGUUCUCAUUUGGUCCCAAGUGUUAGUGACAUCCAGCUUUUCGGGUCUCAGCACAUCUGGACAAUGCAUACUGCACUGGUGUCAUCUGUCACUGACACUUCAGUCUGUCUGUGCUAGUCUCAAUGCUGCAGGUCAGUGAUGUAGAUUCCAUCUGGCAAGCAGCUCCCUCUCAGCUGGCUCCUCGCGUCAGUGGCAAUCACUUUGCUGGUUUAGUAUGCCAAUAAUGGGGAGUUUUCUGGCCCUGCCUCAACUCUGAGCUAUUUUGUCUGGAAAUCUGAAAUGCUAAUGUUUUAAAUAUAUAUAUUUUACAUAUAUGUGGCUUUUUCCAAGUAUUGAUCCAAGUAUCUAUAUUAUGUUGAUACAUAUGUGUACAUGUACUAUUGUUUAAAAUCCUUUAUGUAAUAUUUCCAUUCCUGAAAAAAUUAAAAUGGUACAACAAA